CACAUUUUCUUCGUCCAUCGCCUUUAUAUGUAAACAUGUAAUUGAUCAAGCAACAGGUGCUAUUAGUGAAUUAACACACCACCAUCAAUUUCAUUAAUUUAGGCUUACUAUGUGUGUCUUUUAAGACAUGUGCAGUGACACAUGCGCACUAGAAGGAACAUGGUAGAACUUGGCUUGUUGCAAUUAUUUUUGCUGGCCGUCGUCUGCUCAAAACUGAAUGAGGCUUCCGAGCUGUCAUGUGCACACAACGGCAAGAAGUAUCGGCUGACUGAACAAUUGACAAUAGACAACUGUCAAGAAUGCUUUUGUGGUGUCUUUGGUAUAUACUGUGAUCAGUCGAUAUGCAAGGUUCAGCCUUUCUCAUUAGAUAUUUCGAUACAAGCCACCCCAAAUCUGAUCAAAGAAAACACAAACCAUUUACAUGUCACCUGCGGCGUAAAUCAGAUAAAGUUUUCAGCAAGGCAGGCGCUAAUCACAUCAAUGCAAAUUUUGCAUUCAAAAUCAGUAUCUUUUCCAAUGUACACAGAGCUUGUUAAAGCCAGCCCCUUGGACGGAAUACCUCAUUUAGACAUCACUGAUCCCAAAGCUUCCGUAUUUUUGGAAAACACUUUGGGUGAAAGCCGAUUAAAUAUCAGCUGGACCAUGCCAACAUAUAAACAUGCAGGCCUCUACCAAUGUACAGUUACUGCAAUAAAUAGGUUUAACAAGCCAGUCUCCUAUUCCAGAGUUGCGCAGGUGAUAUUGUACAGAAAGUUUGGAGAUGCCCAAAGAUCGAAGAGUUAUGCAGCAUUGAACUACACCAGGAAGCAGCCAUCGACUCGUGAAUUUUACAAAAAAGUAACGGCUUUAUUUGGCUACGAAACCAACAAGCCACAAUCAACCCCCCUGCUGUAUGACUACUACUCCGAAAAGCAACAACCAACUCCCCAGUCGUAUGACCACUACACUGAAAAGCAACAACCAACUCCUCAUUUAUUAGACUACAACAAGAAAAAGCCACAAUCAACCCCUAUUGAAUUGGAGCACAAAAUAACGACAUUGUUUGAGAAUAUAGAUUACCUGACAUCCAAAGUAAAUGAACUAUCAAACAGAUUGAACAGAAUGCUGAGUGCAAGAAUAGAGAGCGAUGCGCUUGAAAAGCUGCACGCAGACUUGCAGACAAAGUUAAUAAAACUACAGGACGGUGUGUCUUCGCUUGCAAACAGUCUGACGAACACUUCCAGAACCAACGACCGAAUGGUACGAGAAAUGGAUUUAAAAACUAACAACUUGGUCUUGCAUUUGGCAACUAUUUUAAGUCAAGUCAAACUAUUAUUCUUGUCCUAUGAAAAUCUGGCCAUUAGGUUUAAAGACUACAACCAAAUGGUUAUUCCAAAGAUAUCAAAUAGUAUCGAGAUUUUGACCGCUAAGUAUGAGAUGAUUCUAAAUAAAUAUCUGGAGACCUUAAGCUCCAGAAUUAAACUCCUGGAUAAGAAGAGCUACGCACUGGAACACGGACAAGAUGACCAGAGCAUACAGAUAGAGAGACUGCUGACCAUUACCAGGGAAUCUUAUUUUUAUUCGUCUGAUAGCUUUAAUGGCCGGAGGUACUGGCUGACCAAAGACUACGCGUUCACCAACAGUGUUGAGGCCCAGAGGACGUGUGAGCUGUACGGGGGGUACCUGGCAGAGAUCAACUCCGACAGGGAGUUUUGCUUUAUCCGAGAUCAGCUGCUCGUUCCUAGAACCUCACACUACGACGCCGCCAUCACGGGCGCCUCGGAUGAAGAAAGCGAGGGCGUCUGGAUCAACAGCCACAGUGGAACCAGACUGACAGCUCCAAACUGGGGGCCAGGGGAGCCGAAUAACUUUAACGGCAACGAGCACUGUCAGAGUUACGGAAAGCAAGGGCCUGUCUGGGUUAUGAACGACAUUCCAUGUUAUAAAGAUAGAUUGGUGAAAGUUGGGUUUAUUUGUGAAAUAUCCGAUAGCUAAGCGAAUAAAAAAAAACAUCUUUAAAAUUCUA